GGAAUUUUCUCUCCAUUAACAAUUCGCAUCAUACAAUUGACUGCAUAUCCCACAUUUCUCACUCCACUCACCCUGGACAUUCACGCCAGCAUGUUCCCCGGUUUCAGAAAACUCCUUGAUUACCGGGAAUUUCCAGGAAUUUACCUCCAUUGAAAAUAAAUGGGCACUAUACAAACAUCUUCAUAUUCCACAUUUCUCACCCGAUUCAAACUAUUCCGCCAUCCACACACUCCACUCACUUUGGACAAUCAAACUACCACUUUUACAAGUUCCCACUCAAAAAAUUCCAGGAAUUCCCAAAACUCUUGGUUUUCCAAAGCCGUUAUUUUCACCUCUUCCUGGAAAGUUUUCACACUCCACAUUUUUUAAGCGUUAUCGUCCAUUCCACCUUCAGAACAUUCCUCUUAGUUGGGACAACAAAUGUUCCUGUUUUUUUUUUUUUUUUGUUUCGUUCAAAUUUCCGGUUUUCAUGAAAUUCCAGGAAUUCCAAAAUACCAAUUAAAUUCCAAAAUUAUAACGCCAACCCAUUCAUAUCUUCUAGAACAAUUGUGCUAGUAUCAAUAUUUUCCAAAAUUCCAGCGUUUCCCAAAAUUCCCGAAUUUCCAGGAAAUUCCCAUUCAAAUGAAUGGACGUAUUCAUCGUUCUACUAUGCCCUAAAUUCUCCAAAUUUUGCGCCAUUUUUAAACUCGAUUCCGACCUUUCAACCAUCCACACACACUACUCUUCACAUAUAUCCAAUGCAAAACAUGAUUUCCCUGUCCCAAAACUCCCUGUUUUCCUGGAAUUUUCUCUCCAUUAACAAUUAGCAUUAUACAAUUGACUGCAUAUCCCACAUUUCUCACUCCACUCACCCUGGACAUUCACGCCAGCAUGUUCCCCGGUUUCAGAAAACUCCUUGAUUACCGGGAAUUUCCAGGAAUUUACCUCCAUUGAAAAUAAAUGGGCACUAUGGAAACAUCUUUGAAUUCCACAUUUCUCACCCGAUUCAAACUAUUCCGCCAUCCACACACUCCACUCACUUUGGACAAUCAAACUACCACUUUUACAAGUUCCCCCCCAAAAAUUCCAGGAAUUCCCAAAAUUCUUGGUUUUCCAAAGCCGUUAUUUUCACCUCUUCCUGGAAAGUUUUCACACUCCACAUUUUUUAAGCGUUACCGUCCAUUCCACCUUCAGAACAUUCCUCUUAGUUGGGACAACAAAUGUUCCUGUUUUUGUUUUUUUUGUUUCGUUCAAAUUUCCGGUUUUCAUGAAAUUCCAGGAAUUCCAAAAUACCAAUUCAAUUCCAAAAUUAUAACGCCAACCCAUUCAUAUCUUCUAGAACAAUUGUGCUAGUAUCAAUAUUUUCCAAAAUUCCAGCGUUUCCCAAAAUUCCCGAAUUUCCAGGAAAUUCCCAUUCAAAUGAAUGGACGUAUUCAUCGUUCUACUAUGCCCUAAAUUCUCUAAAUUUUGCGCCAUUUUUAAACUUGAUUCUGACCUUUCAACCAUCCACACACACUACUCUUCACAUAUUAAGAAUGCAAAACAUGAUUUCCCUUUCCCAAAAAUUCCCUGUUUUCCCGGAAUUUUCUCUCCAUUAACAAUUAGCAUUAUACAAUCGACUGCAUAUCCCACAUUUCUUAUCCCACAGCAUGUUUCCCGGUUCCAGAAAAUUCCCUGUGUACCUGGAAUUACCAGGAAAUGUUCCCCAUUGAAAAGGAAUGGACAAUAUACAAACCUCUCCAUCUCCCACAUUUCUCAACCGAUUGGAAGCGUUCCAACGUCCGCACACUCCACUCACCUUGGACAUUCCACUCACGCAUAUCGGCGGCUAGCACACGUAGGGCAUUCACACGGGAAUUGCAGAUUGUAGUCAUUGCGUGUCCUUGAAAAUGACAAUUGUGAAGUUGCAGCAUCAAAUCACAGCUCUGCAGUUCCAGGAACUUCCUGUAAAGAUAUUUCAGGCUGCUCCGCCCGCACUUCCCUCAAGUAGAGGCGAUCCCAUCUGAGAACCGUCAGUGGCGGCUCUGGACCAGCAGCGGCAUGGCCUGGGCCUGGCCAAGUGGACCGGGGGCCUGAUGGUCUGUGCCUGCGGUGAACAGGAGAGGGAAGAGUACAACAUGUGGCGGUCCACAGGAGGGUUGUCUUUUCUAGGAUGGUUGGAGAUCACCUUGGUAAAGCCGUAGCACAGAAUGAAAAGCACAGCCAUGCUCCUGAUGAGCCUGCAAGAACUCCUCAAGUCCACGGUCCAGAGAGCCAGGAGCAACAGAACCAGGACGAGGGCACACCCGAUGGGCUCCAGUGGAGCAGGCGCUCGUGGGAGGAACUUGAAGCCGGGUGUCAGGCGGAGACUGGAGUGAACGCCGCCAUCUUGCCCUCUCAUCUGCAACCUUUCCACAGCCAGGAAGAGUACAGGCUGGUGAAGCAGACUCACCUGCAGCUGCUGCACAGUUCUUACUACUGGGGACCCUUGCCCAUGGCGGAGGCACACAAGACUUUGGCCCAUUUGUCACCAGGAACCUUCCUUAUCAGAGACAGCGGGCAGCCGGACGUCUUCUUCACGCUGAGCUACCAGAGCGCCGAGGGCCCAGUGAGCGUCCGUGUGAUGCUGGACAAGCUGCUCUUCUCUCUCUACGGAUGCCAAAGGACUUUCCCCUCGCUCUUCGCCCUGCUGGCGUAUUACAGCAAGUUGACCCGCCCACACCGCAGGCAGCGGCCUGAGCUCCUCAAGCAGGUGUGCAGGCGGGCGCUGGUGCGAGCGUAUGGUGCAGACAACCUGAGGACCUUGCCCGGACUCAGCAUGGAGGUGAAAGACUACGUCCUGGACUAUCCUCAUGCUAUAUAAUAAACACGGAUUGAGUCUUCUAAAUCCCCAAUUUUUUAUUAUUUUUUUUUUAUUUCAUUUUUUUGUUUUCCUGAAUGUAUUUAUUUUUUUAUUAUUAAAUUAGAUUAUAUUUUUACCCUAGGCAUUUAUGGGUUUGUUUUUUUUUUAAAUGUUUUUUUUUUUUUUUUCCCAAUUCUUAGGCAUUUUGUGUUGAAUAUUUGCACUCUCCGUUUACUUGUUUUUAAAGUGCUUACAAUCGCCACAAGAGGGCAGAAUAACAUUAAUAAUAUUGGUCGCAUGAUAGGACGGCGGCGUUGUGCGCGUGCGUGUGCCAAAAAUUACCAAUGAUGGUACUUUCUCUUGUGACUUUUUUUUAAUUAUCAUCACACUCAUCAGAAACAUUCAAUUUUAUUUGAAAUAAAUAUAAUUUAAAUGGAAAUUGUACAAAAAAAAUGUAUUGUUAAUGUAUUUUAUUUUGGUAAACAGGAUGUACCCACCGGAUGUUUCCGGGUGUGUCCCACUUCUCGAUGACCGAACACGCUGGUGUUAACUUUGCUGCAGUACGGUAAUACAUGUUUACUAAUAAUUGAUGACCACAGUACAGUUACUCUAGUCAUUUUUGUCAAAUAAAAAAAAAAGUUAAUAUAUGGGUUGAACCAAAGAUGUCCGCCACCGUCAUCAAUGAUCCUUUUUCACCGAGGAAAAACAGGAUUUAAAAAAUUUUUUUUUACCCAUUAGGUCUCCGUUAAAAAAACAUGUAUUGUUAGGCUAGUAUUUAAUCCAAUUAGAAAAUAAAGUCUGAUUAAUCGUUUAAUGUGUGUAACUAACAGCAAUUUAUCAAAUUCAGACCGCGUGGAGUGGCCGGAACUUUAAAUACGCGGACAUAGUUUCCGACGGAGCGUAAUGAAAGCGAUGGUCUCUGGUUGUUGUCAUCUUCUGAGGGUUGAUUCCCUUUUUUUAAUGAACGCACAUGUUAAAAGUGCCAAAUUCUGGAUUAUUUAAACAAUUUAUAAUUUAUACUUUCUUUUUACUGUAAAAUCUACUGUGCUUUAGUGGACAGUUUGAUGGAUAACUUCAUAAAUCAAGCAGAUAUUUCCUAAAAUAAUGUUUGGAAUAUAUGAAAAUAUAAUAUUUGUUGCAUAUUGGAUGACAUUAAGAAGUGCAAUUGUCAAAAUUAACAACAUAUAAACUUGCUAAGAAAGAUUAAUUAUUUUUAUGUCUACAUUAUAUUUCCAGGCUUUUGCAGGCCAAAUAAAAUGACGUGGCUGGCCAGAAUAUUUUAUUUUUUUAUUAAAAAUAUUUUUUUUUACUCUAUAGAUCUGGCCAGCUGAAAUGGGAAUUAUUCGAUAGAAAACUCGAUCACAAAAAAAAGCCUUAAUUGCUUGCAUUCUGCCAAAAAUGACCUUUAAAUGACAAUUUAAUCUGGGUUGAAAUGAGAUGAAUUCCAUUAAGUCAUUAAGUUACCAACAAGAUGAACUCAGCUGACGUGGCACAUGUGCUCGUUAAAGUACAUUACUUACUGUGUGAGCACUUUUCUAAUGUUUUUUUUUGUUUUUUGGUCCAACUAAGCUGGGACUGAAAGAUGUGUUACCUUGCAAAUGAGCUUCCACUGUUAAACAUGCACACAUACU